GUUUAACAUUCAUUCAUCAAUGAAGAAUCAUUUCCCCUUAACUAUUUUCUUAUGUUAUUAUCUUUUCGUCUCUCUUUUAUUCGGAUCGAAUUUAUCUUCUCAAUACUUUCCUCUAUCGCUUUUUAAGCUUUGGAAAACAUAUACAAACUUGAUAUCUUCCCCUACAAUGGCUGUACUUCUUCAAACGAAGUACACUCUAAGUCCCAUCACAAACAACAUCCCAAGAAGCCAUCGUCCGUCGCUUCUCCGUGCACGUGUUACGUGCUCUCUUACCCCCGCCAAGAAGUCUCAUCCUAACCGUGAGAAGCUCGUUCUUGAGAAACGCCUUGUGAACCCUCCUCCCUCCAACGACCCAACUCUACAAUCUACACUGACCCACCGGUUAUGGGUCGGAGCGGGUUGCACCACCGUGUUUGCCUCUUUUGCCAAGUCUAUUAUUGGAGGGUUUGGUUCUCAUAUCUUGCUCGAACCAGCUUUAGCCGGUUACGCAGGUUACAUCUUAGCUGAUCUUGGCUCUGGUCUAUACCACUGGGCCAUCGAUAACUACGGUGAUGAGUCAACGCCUCUAGUAGGAACCCAAAUCGAAGCUGCACGAGGUCACCACAAAUGGCCUUGGAUAAUCACCAUACGUCAAUUUGCAAAUAAUUCACACGCUCUGGCUCGUGGAAUAACCUUUACGGUUCUUCCACUAGUUCUUGCAUGUAAUGACCCGGUGGUUCAUGGCUUUGUGAGCAUGUUUGCAUUUUGCAUAUUGUUUUGCCAACAAUGUCAUGCUUGGGCUCAUGAAAGAAAGAGUAAGCUUCCACCUCUUGUUGUGGCGUUUCAGGACAUGGGGCUUCUCCUUUCACGAAGACAGCACGUGAAUCAUCACCGCCACCACCGUACGUAUAUGAGUUACUGCAUAGUGAGUGGGGUAUGGAACAAUGUUUUGGAUGACAAUAAGAUCUUUGAGGCAUUAGAAAAGGUGUUAUAUGUCCAGUUCGGGGUGAAACCUAGGUCAUGGAGCCACCCAAACUCCGAAUGAACAUACGAAUUUGAUAUCUCCAACAACCUAGCAUAUACAUUAAUCAUCCAGAAAAAAAUAUUCGAUUCAAUUUCUUAAAUAAGUAAAUCAUUAAACGAUAAAUUUUCCAUCUUUUGUUUUAUCUUAUUUCUCAUCUUGUAAUAAUGUUCUUGUAUUGUCUCAUAUAAAGUCUCGAAUACCUCUUUUGUUUCUCUA